UUCGAGGAAUCUUUAAAAUGUCCCAACGACCAGGCAGUAACGUUUCACCUCUUCUUUUGCAGAACCACACGAGACAUGAGUCGAAACGAACGUUGUUUCCUUCUUUUAAUAAUCUGCGUCCUGCUAAGUGAUUAUCAAGUGAACUCGGACCGGGACGCUCGUUUGUCGAGGAAAAAACGAUACGUCGUUUUUCCCGAAGGCUCGACUUUCUCUAUCGCUCUAUGUCUUACGGUGCAUACUCUGACACCGGACGAUAACAUUUUCACGGAGGGAGUCAAUUGGGGUAUCUCGUACGACCUACCAAACGAAAGCAAGCCAGCUCUAGAACCCCUUUUACAAUUGAGACACGAUGAGAUUAAACCUCUGAAGAAAUAUGGUCAUCAUUCGACGGUGAACGCGAUCAACAAGAACGUCGUGAAAUAUUCCGGAUGGCACAGAAACGAUAAAUAUUACGUGAAACCAGGGAAAAGCAAGUACCACAAGUCAGAUUACUAUUACUUGCAACGUAGACAUCGCAGGCAACUCUACAACAAACUGGAGACCAUUAUGAACGCGAUGAACUUCGAAGGGAGAACGUGCGUGUUCCGAGCGCUCUGCGAGGCCUCUCAGCGGCUGAUGCCCAAAGGAAACACUCUCAUCGAAGAGAUGAUGAGGAUAUCAUUCUCCUUCCCUUUGAAGCGGCUGUUCGCUCAUGAGCCGGAGGAGCAUCAUGCGUAUAGCAGAGCUCACAAAGCAGGCCAUGAGGGCCAUGAUUGCGCCUCCAUGUACGCCGGAUGCAGUUUCUCCCUGAUCGACAUGGCCCUCGGGAAAUACGACACAUCAGCGACGCGGCGACCUCAACUUCCGCCAGGAUAUGCCGAUACGGUUGAAUCUUUCGGAGACUGGGCCAGGUACAACAUGAAAUAACACGCUGGCUCUACGCCGCUAGAACUCCAAAGGGGUGUUCUCACGGAAUAUCUGGACGAGAAGUCGGUUUGAUUUGCGAAGCAAAUCUUCUCGUCCCUCUCGAUAUUAGCACGUUCCGUACUGCGCGACUUUUUCGUUCAAGCAGUUUGAUAUUUUGUCUAUGACAAGAAGAGAAACUGCGUAUUAUGUGUAUUUUACUUUUCGAUAUGAAUGUGUGUUUUCUCAUGAGACGUAGAACUGGUCUAUUCGCGUAAGAAACCGCAAAAUUAAAUAAUUAGUAAUUUGGCAUUAACCAUUAUGGAACUCAAUUUAUUUAAUAAAUGUGAGAAUUUGAAUGGCGCAGACGGAAUUGGCGCGGAACGUAAUGUGUUAAUGGCAUCGAAUACGAAAGCUUACAGUGAUCGCUGAACUUUAAUGGCACUGCAAAUAACGUCGAUGAUAAUAUCCAGGAGUACCAUCCUCUCGAACGUUCUGCAAAGAAGUUGAAAGGAAGCGCAGCAGCAGGGGAAUAGUAUCGCGUGACGUGUAAGUAACGCGAGUCGGUCUCAAAAAUAGCAAUAUCCGGAACGUAGUAGCGUACACAGCUGCAUUUUCGGUAAUUGGAUGAGCUUACCUAUCGGCAGAGCAAGAGCGGUAGAUGGAAUCGAAGCAAGGGAUGAAAUAAACGAGUGUGGAUAAGGCCUGCUAUGGCAUCCGGCUGUGUUCAGUUCACCAGUUCCAAUCGAUAAUAACGAUUCUUUGUAAUAUUGUUACACCGUGGGUCAAUAUAUUCGAUAUAACAGGAUUACGUACUUCGUCGAGCCGAAUAUUACACGAAAUCCGGAAAACUGUUUCGUACAGGCAACUACAAAUAGAUAAUCGCGCGAAUAAGUCGGCUUAGCUGGUUUCGUGGCUUUGUCGAUUUGCGUGAUCGCUAGGUGUUGUGGCGUACACGUCUGCUUCGAUUUAACUACGAUAACAGAUGGAAACAUUUGUUAAUAGCUAGCUAGUAGAAUGCUUCGUAGUUCGUUCCAACCAAGCAAUUAGAGAUAAAUAUUGAUACAAAAGUUUUAAGCGAGGGACUUAACAAACCUGAAUCCUCGUCGAUUCCGUUACACGAAUAUCCUAUCGUUUUCUUCCUUCUCUUUCUGUCUGCUCUUCCCUCUCCUUUCUUUCUUCUCUGGCCGUUUUCAUUCCUUUCGGUUCGGUACUCCGCAUGCACGCAUCGAUUGUCACUGGUUUCCGCUUUGCCACGCGGUGACGGCGCGUCCACGGUAACGAUAAGAGAUGAAAAAUUGUUGUAUGUUUCUGGCCAACGACGCGACGCCGUUUCCAACGAUGAACAACAGCCAAAGCCCCGGGACUCGUUCCCGGAGAAAUUGAUUUUGGAUUUAUUCGGUGACGUCAUCGGCCAUAGCCUCACCCUCGACGACGCACGAUAUUUCUGAUACGUAACGGAUCGCGUUUGCAUCGUUGGACAUGCGUGGGUCUUGGCUUUCUAUUCGUCUUGUUACGCUCGUCAGAAAAGUUGUUGAGAUUUUGUCCUCGUAACAACCGAUACUCUCAACGUUCGUUACACAAUGCUCCAUUCGUUCGACAAUGUUUUGUUCUACGCGACCACAGUUCCACGUAUACUCGAAUCGUCGCUCUGUUUGACGAGGAAAUGGCACGAACAGAAGAUAAGCUCAGUUCGUUGAUUUCCAAGCAGACCGCGUAGAACGGAUGGAGUAGAACGAGUCGACACAUAGUCAGACGUGAAAUGUACGUAGCCUGUACGUUGACCCUACGUCGCUGAAGUAGAAUAGCGCAGUAAGUAGAUGAGUGAGUAGAAUGGCCCUGUACGUGGUCGGGCGUUCGAUCCUUGUAAAGCUACCAAUACCCAUGGAUGGGAAACGAAGUGAAAGAAGGCACAUAUUUUCCAACUUAAACUAGUAGAACGCGGCCCAUGUAGUCAGACGCGACAUACAAUGUCCUUAAGUCGAUAAGUGGAACGAAUUUGUUCUGCGAGCUCGACUGUGUGCAAGUCGAUAGAAAAAUGAAUAUUUGUCCAUUGUCAUUCG